AUGACAUCUUUACGCACCGUGUCGAUAGUUUUGCUAGUGGGCAUCAGCGCUAUUACCUUAGCGACUGGCGCUAGAAAACAGUCGGAACUUAUUUCCGACAUCUGUUCCAGCUCCUUCACCGAGGGACAGUACGACUCACGGGAUGUAUACAACCGCCGUGUGCGAGAUCCCAACAAACACAUCUCAGCCCGCCUGGUACGCUACUUCCGUUUCGGUGGUAUGCUGCAAGCAAUUGCAGAGGAAACGGACCUUCCCCGCGAUAAGCUAGUGGCGGGUGGGGCGAGUCAAUUUCAGGAUCAAUCCAGUGGUCUCGGUCAAACCAUCCAUGCGGCUCACAUCAUUCGCGUUGAAUCUAUUAACAACAAGCUCGACAAGAAGAGUCCAUCCCUUAACAGAGCAUUGCAAAACUAUAUUGGACACACGCAAAAUGUACUGCGUGCCGCAAAUGCUUGGCAUGGCGUUGGUGGUGACAUCGAUAAAUAUCAAUCGAAUCAACUGGCGGUGUUAGCUUCGAUUGAUUUUAAGACUGCACUAGAAACGAACGAUCGUCGCACCGUGGAAACGAUGAUAACGGAUUUUCGUAGUAUCAUUGAUAAGUAUGUGCGAGAUGGCACCCACACUGAAGAUGAGAAAAAAAUUCUCGAUUCGGACAAAGUGAUUGUGUACUGCGUUGCGCCGUUGAUGUUGCACGAGGAAGGUAAGGCAGGAUAUAAUAUGGUGAAAAAUGGAGAAUUUGUGACAAAGUAUGAUAAAUAAGAAACGU